AUGGCGCGGGUCGGGGCGCGCGCGGACGCGCGCGCGAACGCGGAGGAGACGACGACGACGACGGUCGGGGCGAGCUUCGACGAAAAGCUCGAGGCGGUGCGCGCGGACGCGGCGAAGAAGAGGCGAGAGGGCGCGCGCGGGACGAGCGGCGCGAGCGGGACGUUCGACAUGGACGCGAAGGUGAGUUUCGGAGGCGGCGGCGCGGCGAAGCCGGCGGGACCGAUGGCGAAUUACAUGGACGAGGAGCGCGGGGCGACGGCGAGCGAGGACGAGGACGGGAAUCAAACGCUCGUUCGCGUCGUGAGCUUCUUGGCGGCGUGCGCGCUGGUCGUCGUGUUCAUUCCGAGCGAUCUCACGUUUCAAGCGGCGAUUCCUCAGGGGAAGGGUGGAUUGAGCGACAGCGUGAAGGAGGAGGUGCAGAAGCAAGCGGACGCCGUCGUGGAGGCGCUGAGCGCGGCGCCGGAGGACGCGGACAAGCUUCGGCAAGCGGCGCAGUCUUUCCUCGCGCUGGAUGAUUACCCGAAAGCGUUGCCAUACUUAGAACGCCUCGUCGCCGUCGAUCCGACGAAUGAAGAAAACGUGAGCGCGCUCGCGGAGACGUGGAUAGCGGAUGGGCAGCCGAGACGCGCCGUCGAGGCUUUCCGCUCCAUCAUCGACGCCGACGUCUUGGGCAAAGGUCAGCAAACCGCGCCUUCGCCUUCAUUUUUGCGCGGGUUUCUCGACGCUUUAGGUAAAGACGGCCGAAACGGUCUCGCCCUCGAUUACGCCAAGACGUUUUCGAAGAAGGGUUGGGUCGACGAAGUCGACGGACGACUGCUCGAGGCGCGCGUACAGAGUGCCUGGAAGGGCCACGGCAAGGACGCGGAAAUCGCGUACGAAGCCGUCAUCACGGAACAUCCCGAAGAUUUCCGCGGCUAUCUCGCCCAAGGCGUUUUUUUCCGAACCGUCGGCAAGCCGGACGCCGCCGAAGACGCGUUUCGCAAAGCCAAAUCGUUGGCGCCGAGCGACACCGCGAGCGUCGUCAACCAAGUCAUCGCCGCGUCCAAGGCAUCGAAGCGUUGA